AUGUCGACGUCUAACCUGAAGAGUCUCGCCAACAAUAACAACAACGCGAACACGGACAUCAACGUCACGAUCAAUGCGUUCAUCGCGAGGCUGAAGAGGAAGCAGAUCGUCGGGUCGUACGCCAUCGCGCUCGAGACGUUGCAGUUGCUCAAGCGGUUCAUCUCCGCGGCACGGUGGUCGCACGUGAACGAGCUCAUUGAGCAGAUCAGGACUCUGGGGUGCACGCUCGAGAGGGCACAGCCGACUGCGUUCUGCUGCGGGAGUGUCAUACGAAGAGUCCUCACCGUCAUCAGGGACGAGGUCGAGGAGGAUAUGCAGGAUGGGGCACCCGUUGUUGAGGGCACAGCCGCGAACGAGCCCCUCAUUUCGUCCAUGUUCAACCUCUUGCAGAAACCCGAUGAGAAACAACAGCAGUUCUACAACAAGAACCACAGGAAGACGAAGACAGACUUCAGGCAGGUUGCCAUCCAGGGGAUCAAGGAUCUUGUCGACGAGAUCACCAACAUCGAUGACGGGAUACAGCAGAUCGCAAUCGACCUUAUCCACGACCAUGAGAUCCUUCUCACCCCGACACCUGAAUCCAAAACGGUCCUGAAGUUCCUCAUUAGGGCCCGUGAGAGAGCCCACAGAAAGUUCACCGUGCUUGUUUCAGAGGGAUUCCCCAACAACACGAGGAACGCCCACGAGUUCGCCAAGAAACUUGCUCAGCACGACAUUGAAACGAUCAUCAUCCCAGACUCAGCGGUCUUCGCCAUGAUGUCCCGGGUCGGGAAGGUCAUCAUCGGCACAAAGACCGUGUUCAUCAACGGUGGGUCCAUUGCCUCCAGCUCGGGCACAUCCUCCGUGUGCGAGUGCGCGAGAGAGUUCAAGACACCAGUGUUCGCAGUCGCGGGACUGUACAAACUGUCCCCCCUGUACCCGUUCAACGUCGGCAAAUUCGUCGAGUUUGGCGGUUCGCACGAGGUGCUCCCCAAGAUGGACCCGCGCUUCAGACUGGACAUCGUCAACAAGACCACCGCGUACGUCCCACCGGAAAACAUCGACAUCUACAUCACCAACAUCGGCGGGUUCGCUCCAAGUUUCAUCUACAGAAUCGUCUGGGACAACUACAAACAGAUCGACGUCAAUCUAGACGACAAACAGACCAACAAACUGACUGCGUAG